GAGAGUGCAUCUGGCUGGGCAGACUCUGGGUGGGCAGGAGCCCUGGGCUUCGACAGCUCAGUGAUCCCCCGGCUGCAGCCUGUGCAGCCCAGGGAGGGGUCGGGGGGCUGCGGGAGGAACCCGGUCCCGCCAACUCCCGGGCCGCAGGCGUUCAGCGCGGGCGAGGGGGUGGCGGAGGCUGCCCAGGCAGAGCUGGGCGCGCAGCCCCAGAAACUUCCACCUGCCCCGGAACGCCACGCAGCCAUGGGCUACCAGGGGCAGCAGCCCGUCAUCCUGCCGCAGGGAGAUGUAGAUGAUAGAGAAACCCUGGUUUCCAAUCAGGAGAACAAAGGGAAAACCUACCAGUCUGCUGCUGUUUUCAAUGUUGUCAACUCCAUUAUAGGAUCCGGUAUAAUAGGACUGCCUUAUUCAAUGAAGCAAGCUGGGUUUCCUUUGGGAAUACUGCUUUUAUUCUGGGUUUCAUAUGUUACAGACUUUUCCCUCGUUCUGUUGAUAAAAGGGGGCACCCUCUCUGGAACAGACAGCUACCAGUCUUUGGUUAACAAGACCUUUGGCUUUCCAGGAUAUCUCCUCCUCUCUGCCCUGCAGUUUAUGUAUCCUUUCAUUGCAAUGAUAAGCUACAACAUAAUAGCUGGAGAUACUUUGGGCAAAGUUUUUCAAAGAAUCCCAGGAGUUGAUCCUCAAAGCUGGUUUAUUGGUCGCCACUUCAUUAUUACACUUUCCACAGUUAUGUUUAUUCUGCCUUUGUCCUUGUACCGAGAUAUAGCAAAACUUGGAAAGAUCUCCUUUAUUUCUACAGUUUUAACAACAUUGAUUGUUGGAAUAGUGAUGACAAGGGUCGUUUCAUUGGGUCCGCACAUACCCAAAACAGAAGAUGCCUGGGUAUUUGCAAAGCCCAAUGCCAUUCAAGCCAUUGGGGUUAUGUCUUUUGCAUUUAUUUGCCAUCAUAACUGUUUCUUAGUUUAUGGUUCUUUGGAAGAACCCACAGUAGCUAAGUGGUCCCGCAUCAUCCAUGUGUCUGUCUUGGUUUCUGUAUUUAUCUGUAUGCUCUUUGCUACGUGUGGAUACUUAACAUUUACUGGCUUCACUCAAGGAGACUUAUUUGAAAAUUAUUGCAGAAGUGAUGACUUGGUAACAUUUGGAAGGUUUUGUUAUGGUGUCACUGUCAUUUUGACAUACCCAAUUGAAUGCUUUGUGACUAGAGAGGUAAUUGCCAAUGUGUUUUUUGGUGGGACUCUCUCAUCAGUUUUCCACAUUGCUGUAACAGUGGUCAUCAUUAUGGUAGCCAUGCUGGUAUCAUUGCUGAUUGACUGCCUUGGAAUCGUUUUAGAACUAAAUGGUGUGCUCUGUGCGGCUCCCUUAAUUUUUAUCAUUCCAUCAGCCUGUUAUCUGAAGCUGUCUGAAGAACCAAGGACACACUCAGAUAAGAUUAUGGCCUGUGUCAUGCUUCCCCUUGGUGCUGUGGUCAUGGUUUUCGGAUUCACAAUGGCUGUCACAAAUUCGCAAGACUGCACCCAUGGGCAUGAAAUGUUCUACUGCUUUCCUGACAAUUUCUCCCUCACAAAUCUCUCAGAUUCUCAUUUGCAAAUGACAACACGGCUUCCAGUUUUAAAUAUCAGUAUCUUUCAGUGAGUUGACUGCUUUAAAAAAACAUGUAUUUUUCUCAGACUUCUAAACUAUAUCAUAAUAUUCAUAUGUUAUUUAUAUUUUAAAAUUAUCACUUUGGCAUUUAUCAAGACUUGGUUUUCUUUAUUCUUUAGUGCAAUAUAAAAGGUAAAGAAAAAAAUGCAAUUGAAUGUAUUCCUAUUAAACUAGGACAAAAUAAAUGUUUUGUUCUAAGGACUGUUCUACACUAAAGCUAAUUGAAGAGGCAAGAGCUUAGCUUUUAGCAUCUGCUACUAUCCCCUCAAAGCACCAUUCUUUUAUUUAAUAUAUGAGCCAGCCUAUUGUGUUUCAAAAUAAGUAGGUGACAGUGACUUGCGAUUUUGUGUGUCAUUUAAAGGUUGUUUUUUUGUUUUUGUUGUUUUUUUUUUUUUCACCUUUUAUUUCUUAGAAUUGAACGGACGGGAAACUAAAGCUAUUAAAAAGAAUAGAUAUCUCAA